AAUUCACUCUUACCUUAAGGUUACCUUACAGUGACAAUGUCUCUCACUCUGAGGUGCCUUCGCUUAGAUUCGACCCCUCAAUCCAACCAAUAAUGCCUCAAGAUACCUGGCCAUAAGACGGAUUCCCUCUGGAUUCUUGGCUCUUGGCUACCUAUACUUUCACCUCUACCUAACCGCCCGCUGAUUUGAAGUACCUCAGGCCCCCUGCGCGGGUGUGGCGGCCGACUAGCACUACUAGGUAAGGUAGGUAGGUAGUUUAAAAAAAAGAAGCAAGGGUCUAAACGGUCUCUUUCAACUUACAUGGGCCAGCCAACACUCACUCUAUAGCUACCUCGGAGUUGGCAAGGGAAGGGAACUCUUGGUAAUAUUCCUUCGUAUGUAUUAAAGAUCCGUCCCCAUUGUCAGCUCAAUUAGUCUCGUUUCCUUUGUUUCGUGUUUCUUUGUCCAUUUCAUCACCUCAUAUUAAUGAAACUGUCCUCCAUACUUAAACAACUCGUCAUAAUUCGAGGUCUAGGUAACUUAAUGCCCCUGGUUAUUGAACCACCCACAUUCAGAACACCAGAGACCGAGUGCCUCAACCAUCCAUGAUGACAGCUGCUCCGAAACUGUCGGAUCCCGUCUCUGAAGAAGACUCUACACAUACACCCAAUAACGCCAACAACACUCAUGAUGGAGCCGUAUCGAAAAAACAGCCCAGCCGGAAAAAAUGGUUCAUAAUUGGUGCAAUUGCGUGCCUAAUAGUGCUAAUACUGAGUUUGACGCUGGGGCUGUAUUACGGACUCAAAAAGGGGAAAAGCUCAGAUGGCGAUAAAGAAGAGCCAGAAAAGAAGAAAGAAGGUCCCUUUGUAGACUUGGGUUACUCCAAAUAUCAAGGCAAUGUCCUCGAGAGCAAUAUCUAUGAGUAUCUCGGUAUACGCUAUGCAAAAGCCCCAACCGGCGAUCUUCGAUGGAAAGCACCGCAGGAACCCGAGUCCACAACCGGAACACUAAAGGCUCAAGAGUACGCCCCUUACUGCCCGGGAGUCAACGACGGUCUCAGCUCGCGCAUCGACGAAGACUGUUUAUUCGCCAACAUAUGGACUCCUGCAAAUGCAACCUCUGACUCAAAACUCCCCGUCAUGGUCUUCUUCCAAUCAGGUGGCUACAUCAGGAACGCUUCUCCAUACGUGAACGGCACACAGCUCAUCUCGGCCUCAAACAACAACAUCAUCUUUGUAAACUUCAACUACCGUGUUGGCAUGUUUGGGUUCCUCGCUUCCAAAGAGGUCAAAGAAGAUGGCGACCUCAACGCAGGAUUGUUGGACCAGAGGUUCCUCCUCAGCUGGAUCCAGAAACACAUCGAGGUGUUUGGCGGUGAUCCUGAGCAUGUUAUCCUCCAUGGUGAAUCUGCCGGUGCCGGAUCUGUGGCCCUUCAGCUCGUUGCCUACGGUGGAAAAGACGAGGGUCUUUUUGCUGGUGCCAUUGCUGAGUCGACAUUCAUGCCUGGUCUCCCUAGCCCUGACGAUCUACAGUAUCAGUUCGAUCGAGUUGCCAACGCCACAGACUGUGCUGAUGCCGACGACGCAUUGAAGUGCCUCCGUGGAAUCAAGUCGCCGGACCUUCAAACCCACAACGAAAAGGCUCCUUUCGAUGGCCGCACUUAUCGAUCUUACUUCUACUGGGCACCCACUACUGAUGGUGACAUGUUUUCAGACUUGCCUUCUAAGCUCUACGAGAAGGGCGAAUUUGUCAAGGUGCCACUACUGUCUGGCUCUUGUACAAAUGAGGGAUCCAACUAUGCCGUCAACGCAGGCAGCUCAGCCCAGUUCAUACGCUACAUGCAGAAUGAAUACCCCUAUUUGACCACAGAUGACACCGAGACUAUUCUCGACCUCUACCCACAAGAGCCCAAGAUCGCAAAACACGAUACUUGGUUCCCCUCAGCCUCGCGUGCAUACGGCGAAGCAACUUUCAUCUGCCCUACAAACAACAUCCUCAACGCCUUCGCUGAGCACGCCGACCCCAAGACCCUCUGGUCCUAUCGCUAUAAUGUUGCCAUUGAAGAGUUCACAAACGACGGCUAUGGCGUUCCUCAUGUCUCCAAUGCGCCCGCCGUCUUUGGCCCUGAUAUGACAGCUGCCAAAGCUGGCCCCAGCUAUCGCACUUACAACGCGCCCAUGGUCCCCAUCGUCCAGAACUACUGGAUCAGUUUUGUCCGUAGCUUCGACCCAAACACUCACCGUGACGAGGAUGCUCCUCGAUGGGAGAAUUGGGGCGAUGACCAGCGACGUCUAGUUUUUGAAUUGAACAACAACACCAUGGAGAGUGUGAACAAGGGCCAACGGGAGCGAUGCGAGGCUUGGUUAGAUAUGAGUGGUUCUACCAAGCAGUAAUGAUCUUGACGACUUUGAUUACAUCACGAUUCACAACCAUUUAUUUCAUUGAAUAUUACUUGAUACCCGUGUCAUAUACAUAAUACAUCUAUGCACAUUCACCCUGCCGAUGCAAUGCGAUCA